AUGUUUACGUAGUUGUAGACCCCAAACAAGUAUGUAAAACCAAAAAAGAAAAAUUUAUUAAAAUGUCUAAAAACGAGAACAAAGUGAAAAUAAUGCCACGAGCUGUAGUUUGUGAAGAUUCAAACAUUCGCGGUGAUGUCACAAUUAGCAGUGGAUCUGUUGUGCAUACAUCAGCCCAAAUAAUAGCUGAAUCUGGACCAAUAAUAAUUGGAGAAAAUUGUAUUAUUGAAGAGUAUGCAAAAAUCAUACAUCGAAUACCAACGAACCAUAAACUGUAUCAAGAGAAUCCAGAAAAACCUCACGUACUUGUCAUAGGAUCCAAUAACAUAUUUGAAGUUGGAUGUACUGUAGAAGCUUUGAAGAUAGGAGAAAAGAAUAUAUUUGAGAGCAAGAGUUAUGUAUCUCCUGAUGUAACAAUAUCUAGUGGGUGUGUAAUUGGAGCUGGCUGUCAGCUGUUUGGCGAACAGCAUCUAACAGAGAACACUGUGAUUUAUGGCAAAACUUGUCAGCAACGUGAAGCUCUUGACAAACAAGGUUCGCACAUGCUUCAACUUGACUUCUUGAGAAAAAUUCUUCCGAAUUAUCACCAUCUGAGAAAACCAGUUGACAUUAAAUCCAAAACCACUUUUGCUACUUCAACUCCAAAAUAAAUUUUCUCUCCAAAUAAAUCUCACUAAACAUUUUUUAUUUUAUUUCCAUCUCUGUUUUAUUAAUCUACAAUUCCAUUCACUUUUAGG